AUGGAACCGCUCGCCCCAUCGCUCAAGGCCCUCGGCAAGCGCCGCCUCGACGAUGCCGUCGCUGUCUCGCCCGAAUCGUCCACCCCGCCUCUCGCAAAGAAGCCUCGCCCGCAACCCUCGCAGGUCCAGCAGGUACAGAAGCAGGAGCGACGAGUCACACGAAGCUCACUAGGAGGCGCGGCAAACGGAAGUAGGGAGGGCAGCGUCGUCGAGAGCGAGGGUGCUGGACAGCCUGCCUACCUCCCUAGCAAGACGUCCAUCCUGCUCACGACCCGCUUGCCGCCCAAUUUGGCACGACAUCCGCCUUCGAAUCCGUCUCUGUCGAUUGCCAGCACGUCUGCCGCGGCAGCAACGGUCGAUGAAACCGUCGGUCAGCCUCCAGGAUCUGAAGCCGUGGCCGACGACGCACCGCGACAAAAACAGGAAGGCGACGCGGCCGAGAAACCGCUGUUUCGGUUGCUCGACGAGACGGAGUUGCUUCCUGCGCGUGGGACCCGCCACGCAGCAGCGCCCGAGGUUGACACCUCGGACGCUUUCUACCUUCGCCUGCAUCGUUACCCAGAGGUGUUGGAAAAGCGCGCUUCUCGUCUCGAACGCGAGCGGCUGAUCCAUGAGCGCUCGAAACUCAUUAACGAGCUAGAGGAAUUGAGAGGUAGGGCAUGGGUGUAUGCGGGAACGAGCGCGGGCGGAAGGGCGGAGGAGGAGAGGCAGCGGAAGAUCAAGGAGAUGGAGGAGCGGCUCGCACGGUACGAUGCAUUGCUGCCGAACCAGCCUCGCAAGUCCAACUUUCUCAACCUCGCCAGUACCGCCGCCGGUCCCGCGCCUCAUUCGCACAGCCACCCAAAUCGAGGCGACUCGCGCACCGACUCCCCUGCUCCUCGCACCUCCGGCUCUCGUACGCGUCAAGCACGACCGUCCGACCUUGCCUUCCGUCCUCCAACUCCCGUCUCUGCUUCCGCCUCGCAAAACGGCAACCGCACCACCAUCCGCAUCAAGUUCGGCCCGCCAUCUCGCACGGCUUCUCCCUCUCACUCGGCGUACGGCUCAGACGCAGGUCUCGACCUCGACCGCUACACAGUGCGCGGCGAGCCUCGCAAAGGUCCGAAGCGGGAUCGCAAGGCGGAGCGCCAGAGAGCCGAGAUGCGCAGAAAGAUGGGGUUGAAGCCGCGCGCGAGUAUCAACAAAGCGCUCGGUGGCGGGGGCGAGGGGCGGAAGGCCAGGAGGAGCGGGCGGGCAGCCGCGCGGAGACAGUCGUAUGCCGAGGACAAGGACGACGAGGAAGACGAAGACGACGACGAGACGGACGAGGAUGCAGAAGGCGAAGAGUGGGACGAGGAGGACUGGGACGCCGCCGAUCCGAAGCGAGCCCGAGCCAGUCAACCCGCCGAACUCGUCCGCCUCCGCCUGCCCGACUCAUUCUUCCACUCCGCCGCCCUACGAGAUUCUGUCAUAGCCUCACAUGGCCCCAACGCUCGUCGCUCCUCCUCCCGUGUCGCCUAUGCCUUCGGCCAGCGACUGCCCGACCACGCCCUCUUGCGACAAGCCGAAUUCGAGCUACACGGCGGCAUUUCGGGGGACGCCGAGGAUGACGAAGAAGGCCACUCGCGCACGUCGCUGGAGCAGAUGGUUUCAAUGCGGAUGCAGACGCACGGCGAGGAGGUCGUCGUUCUCGACGGGCGAGUCCUGCCGAAGAGCGCCGUCGACGCUUGGUCGAAGGAUCCGCUUCACGUCUCGCCCGUCAAGAAGGCGCCUUCUGUCCUCUCCGACGCCGGGUCGAACGCCACGUCCGGCUCGUUCGCUGCACCGGCACUGCAGAGGAACGGCAGCAGGUUCUUCGACUCGCCCAGCGUUUCAAGACUGGUGUCGCCAGAGCUGCAAGCUCCAGCGGCGGCUCCACCGCCGCUCCCUCUUGCUUUCGCGCUGCCGCAAGCAUUUCGCGGUGACCAGAGCUGA